UCUCUGUGUGAAUCUAAAGAAGCAGAAACUCGCUCUCUGGACGAACAUGAUGUUUCCCUGCAGCGCUCUGCCGCCUCCUCUCUACCCGGGCUUACUGCGUCCUCCUGCGGCUCUCUCCUCGCCCCUGACCCGCUCUCUACGCUCAGGUUUCCUGAUUGAAGACCUUCUCCGGUUGAGUCAGCCUGUUACUUACAUCCAGCGGACUUUCUCCUCCAGACAUCCGGACAUCCCGCACAGCUCGCGACCGGGCGCCUCUCCCCGGGCGUCGGGACCUGGCGCAGAGCGUUCACUCCAGAACUCUGGGCAGCAGACCCGCAGCAGCCCCGGGUCUCUGCAGACCGCCUGCCCGGAUCCCUGUCACCUGAAGUUCGGCGUCAAUGCGAUUCUGGCACCGUCCACCCGGAGUAGUGAGUUCCAGAGUUUCCAGACCAAGUCUUUCCCUUUGCCUUUCUUUGAUGGAAGCCUCCAUCCUUUCAUUAGAGCCACAUAUUUCACAGCCUCGUCCUCUGUGAUUCCGGUCCCGGGAACAUUUUCAUGGCCCCUGGCCCCUAGAGGUAAGCCCAGGAGAGGCAUGCUGCGGCGGGCUGUGUUCUCAGACUUCCAGAGGAAGGCCCUGGAGAGAACUUUCCAGAAGCAGAAAUACAUCAGCAAACCAGACAGGAAGAAACUCGCCAGUAAACUGGGACUCAAAGACUCACAGGUGAAGAUCUGGUUUCAGAACCGCAGGAUGAAGUGGAGAAACUCUAAGGAGAGGGAGCUGUUGUCCACAGGCGGCUGUCGUCAGCAGACCCUCCCCACCAAAACCAACCCACACCCAGACCUCACUGAUGUGGGCACUACCUAUAGCCACAGGCCUGACAGGACUGCACCCACCAGCCAAGUACAGCUGAACAGCGAGGAGUCACAUCUUCACCACCACCAGCAUCAUCACCAUCACCAUCAUCACCAUCAUCAGGACCUUUCAUCUCCAUCAGAGUCCAGCAAACAGUCAGAGCUGUCAGAGUCCGACAGUGAGGAAAUCACAGUGUCCUAACACGAUUCAGAUUCUGUUUAUACAACACUGCAAGACACUGAAACUAAAGAUUUGUCAGAGAAUGACUGGAUAAAACAAGAGAGGUGUGUGAAUGGAUCCACAGCUGUAUUUUUCUCAGCCUCUCCUCCUCAGUGCCUUGUGUUUACAACUCAGUAUAUCUGUCCACAGUUAAUAAGGUGUACAGAGCUGUUUUAGACUGAAUAUCUGUAGAUUGAAAUGUUCAAAUGUUUAACUCAUAAAUAUACAAAUGGUUCUUUCCUACAUAUUUGUAUUCUUUAUAUUUUCUUAAAUAAAUCUUGAAA